GUCUGGCUGGCCGGUGCCCACGGCUCCUUUUUUGCCCCCCUCGUCUUUCGUUUGCCUGCGAGCCUCUACGACAAAACCCUACAUAGUACAGUAGCACCGCGCCGUCGGUUACGCCGGGCUCUCGGCGAGGGCAUCCCAACUGCCUCGCCGAGUCUUUGGCCGUUCCUCCAUGGGCCCUCCUUGCCCCAGCCGGCGGGGGCUCCAGCUCUUGGCAAAAAGCCAAUGUGGGACUCGCGUGGGUGUACUGAUGUCACUGGCCCUGCCCCCCGUGCAGGUCCGAGGUGGCAUUGGACGUGCAAAAGUGGUUCAGAUGAGGACCCCCAGAGAUCCUCCCCAUGCGUGCCCAGCAUCUGACUCGCCAGCCCCUCGCCAUCGAGAAGCCAAGGACUGUACCGACCCCUCGGAUUCGAUAAGCACUGGCAGCAGACGAGUACUCCGUGUCUGCUGCAUGAGGUCGUAAGUUCUGGGUCGGCAGGAAGGUAUGGAUGGUAGAGAGUGAAGGCAUGGUAGUAAGUAGACUGACUACCAUCCAUAUCCUGCGCACAAUAUGCACGCGACUAUUCCCGAGGGCCACUGAAUGAGAUUUUUUUUUUUUUCGAUUUUUUAAUCCCUCCCCUGUGUCCUAUCCCUCUCGUUCAACGUCCCCCCCUCCCUGGUCUCCAGUGUGGGUUUCGAGACGUUCGCUCCCGAUCUGUCGCGUACUGUACUUUGGAUCUACCGUGCCCAGGGUAUACAAGUUCGUACGCACUCCGUACUGCAGUCCUCACCCAUGCCCAUGCCCAUGCCAAUGCCAUGCUCAUUUCAUAUCCGGUUUCUGGAUUCGCAGUAUUGUCAGUCUCACUUCUUUAAUCGUUGGAGUCCCCAGAAAUAGCAUCCUUGGCGAACUCUUCUUCUUCUUCUUCACCUCUUUAUUCGCUCCCCCGUUCAUUUCCUCACAUCCCUCUUCCCCCCCGAACUCAUCACCACCAUCCCACCACCAACACUCCCUCUGCCACGACACAUACGCUGCCUCCCCCCUCCCCUCCCGCCAUCCCCGCGCUUCACCUCACCAGCAACUCCGCGACAGGCAACGAACCACCACGAUGGCUGGUGUCGUGCCCCAGGACCAUGGCGCCCGCCAUGAAGGAGACCCUGAGGCCAAGGCCGGCGUCAUGACCAAGAGCAGCCUCGAUGCGCCCAGUGGCAGCGGCGACGUGACCUCGGCCGACCAGCUCCUCGAAUCCCUCGGGUACGCCCCCGAGAUGACGCGCAACCGGUCGACGAUGCAGGUGGCCUUCAUGUCGUUCGUCAUGGCGGCCAUCCCCUACGGCCUCUCGACGACCAUGUACUACCCGCUCGCCGGCGGCGGGCCGACCAACGUCAUCUGGGGCUGGCUGGCCGUGUCGUGCAUCAUCCUCUGCGUGGCUGCGUCGCUGGGCGAGAUCACCAGCGUCUACCCGACCGCCGGCGGCGUCUACUACCAGACCUUUAUGCUGUCGCCCCCGCGGUGGCGGCGUGUGGCCGGCUGGGUCUGCGGCUGGCUGUACGUCGUCGGCAACGUGACCAUCACCCUCGCCGUCAACUUCGGCACGGCCCAGUUCCUGGUCGCCAGCAUUGGCGUGUUCGAGACGGCGGACGGCGAGAGCAUCUUUGCCGCCGAGACGUACCAGGUCUUCCUGAUCUUCCUGGCCAUCACGCUCCUGUGCAACGCCGUCUCGGCCCUGUUCGACAAGUGGCUGCCGUGGCUCGACACCGCCGCCAUCUACUUCACAUUUGCCGGCCUGAUCUCCAUCGUCGCCUGCAUCCUCGCCAUCGCAAAGAACGGCCGCCACUCGGCCGAGUACGUCUUCACCAGCUUCGAGCCUCGCUCCGGGUGGGUGCCGGGCUGGUCCUUCUGUGUCGGUCUCCUGCAGGCCGCAUAUGCCACCUCCUCGACCGGCAUGAUCAUCUCCAUGUGCGAGGAGGUGCGAGCGCCUGCCACCCAGGUCCCCAAGGCCAUGGUCUACACCAUCGUCCUCAACACCUUUGCCGGCCUGUUGACCCUCAUCCCCAUGAUGUUUGUGCUCCCAAACAUCGACGACCUCCUCGCCCUCGCCUCGGGCCAGCCAGUCCCCGCCAUCAUCAAGUCCGCCGUCGGCUCGUCAGGCGGUGCCUUUGCCCUGCUCGUCCCCCUGCUCGUGCUCGCUCUCAUCUGCGGCAUCGGGUGCACAACAGCCGGCGCCCGUUGCAUCUGGGCUUUUGCCAGGGACGGCGCCAUCCCCGGGUCCCAGCUGUGGAAGACUGUCGACAAGAAGACCGGCGUCCCCCUCAACGCCAUGAUGCUUUCCAUGGUUGUCCAGAUCAUCCUCGGCCUCAUCUACUUCGGCUCCACCGCCGCCUUCAACGCCUUCUCCGGCGUUGGCGUCAUCUGCCUCACCACCAGCUACGCCAUGCCCAUCGCUGUCAGCCUCUUGAACAAGAGGGAGGCCCUCAAGGGUGCGAGCUUCAACCUCGGUGCCAUGGGUCCUGUCUGCAACUACAUUGCCCUCGCCUGGUCACUUCUAGCCGUGCCCCUGUUCUGCAUGCCGACCACCGUGCCCGUCUUGGCUGCCACCAUGAACUAUGCGUCUGUCGUCUUCGUCGCCUUCACCCUGAUCUCGACAAUCUGGUACUUCGUCUGGGGCCACGCCAACUAUGCCGGACCACCAACGUAGGCGGGACGCGUCUGAAUUCCUUUUCUUCGCCGGUCGCCCUAGCCGUGUCCUACUCCGAUCAACAUCCUUGACUUAACGUCCCCCGACGUGACUUGCUGAGUCUGCCGUGAUGAAGUUGGCUUUGCGUGUGAUUGUGAGAAAGCCGUGACCAAAAUCACUUUGCCCGGACCCAAGAAUCGACAGCCCCGACGCCCCGGACCAUGGCCCUUCCAAGGCUCCCGCCCCGCCCGGAUCGAGACGAAUCUGACCCGCCCGGAACCCACUCUCGCCACCUUGCAACACACCCAUCUACCUUUGCCGGACCCAAAGCCUACCUAGGUACUUCUCACGUCUUACUGUAUGCAUCGAUGGUUUCACACUCCGCCACACAAUGCAAACUGCAAAGUCGACCCGCAAUACCCACAGUUGCAACCCUUUAUGCAACAACACUCCCGUACUUGGACAAGGAUGGAGAUAUCUGCUAUACACAGGGACAAGACGCGAAUGUGCUGGGACAAGAGAAUUAACGUCAUUUAGUGCGCAUGAACUGGUUCUGGAGAAGCGAUACCCAAAAAGUACAUAUAUAAACACAUAAAUAGAUAGAAAACCAAUCAACACAAGGCACUCGCUGUAUUAA